CUGCUAGAUAUCAAUUUAUACAGUUUGCCUCAUAUACUGAGGUCUCCAGACAGGGUGUGUCGUUCAGGACAAAAGCUUAUUACAAAACACACAGCAGGACAUCAGCGUUAAUGUUUGCAGGAGAGAAGAGAUAUUUUCACUUACAUAGUUGCUACAACAAAACCAUUACAUAACACAGAUCAUGCAACAUGGGUCAAUCGUUGCAAACUGCACCAAAACCAAAAUACUCUGUAUGUAUGAGUAAAAAGGGAUUUCAUCCAAAAGAAAUAGAAGACAUGAUCAAUUCUAAGGCCGAAGCUCUCAACCUUCGCGAAACAAGAUUUUUAGAAAACGUUAUAAAAAGUUUUCAGAUACAAGAAACAGCUWACGAAACAUUGCACAAAAGCCGGAUAAGCACCAAAAAAUUACGAGAGUUAGAUAUAUUGCCUCCUACAACUGAAUGCCCUUCAACUCUUACAAGUAGUGAGGUAAAGAAUUUGAACAAAAAGUACAAAGAAGAACAGCAGAAACUCUUCCAGCUUCUGUUAGAUGCUGGCAUGCUAAAUAAGGAUGAUUACAGUAGUAGAGACGGCUAUCUCGAGGUACUCUCAAUUAGGGGAAAACUGCUAAACUGUCUCACAUUCUGUCAAGURAAAGGAAAAAAGACGCGGAUCUCGUCUGUGGAUCUCUGCAAUGURCUGGAUGAAUUGGCGAUUUCAUUCAAAGAUAAACAGCCCUCAAAUCGGCGUGAACGUGAUACUAUGGAAGAGGUCCGUAAACUCUGUGAAUUAAUCACMUAUCAAAGAAUUUGCGCGACUUGGAAAUACCCAGAUGAUAUCCUURAAGAGAAAGGGUAUAAAAGGUGGUGCUAUCAUUUGUGGAUGGUAGCUUCAUUUGCUGCAGUGAUAAUUGGACUGGAUAUCUGUCUGAGUCAGACUAGCAGACUCGUACCGGCAUCUGUGUCUGAAUAAUGAAUUGGAGGAAAGCGAGCCUCGAUCUGUUACUAGGAACAGUACAAUAACAGUAGAAGYGAAAGAUUCCUAGGGUUAACUGCAUUUAAUGAUUUCCAUUGGUAAGAAAAAUAUUAUACGCUGGACAGUUCAAUAYUAUGCGAACUUAAUUGKAAUUUUAAUAUUUACGUUUUGUUUACAGUGUGAGUAAUCGAACCGUGAGCACUUUAAGGUUUCUUUUCUUUUUGCAUAAUACACCUUUUCAGUKWCACUUAKGCCUCGAYAGUAAGUUAAUUAUUCUUUUGAAYUUGAMAAAUGAGAYUAUUCAUAUCAAUGUUUGCAUUGCUCACAUUCCUACAAAUUCAAAAGAAUAUUUAACACGCUGUCGAGGCCUAAGAGCAAYUGAAAAGGUGUAUUAACGUUUAAACCAAUCMCAGACAUUGUUUGCGUCAGAGGACGCAAACUUGUUSGAAUAUUUCCGGGUUCAAGUAUAUCUCACAGAAAAUGAUUAAGUAUAGUUUAAAGUUUUUACGAGAGCGAGUGUUUUAUCAGGUAUAAAGAUUCGAGCCGAAGGCCGAAGGCGAGAAUCUUUAUACCUG